AUGACCAGAGUGGUGACCAAUGCCAUGACCAAAGUGCUGACCAAUUUGCUGACCAAAGCCAUAAGCAAGGUGGUGACCAAUGUGCUGACCAAUGUGCUGACCAAGCACCUGACCAAGGUGCUGACCAAUGCCAUGACCAACGUGCUGACCAAUGUGCUGACCAAGCACCUGACCAAGGUGCUGACCAAUGCCAUGACCAACGUGCUAACCAACGUGCUAACCAAUGUGCUGACCAAUGUGCUGACCAAUGCUCUGACCAAGGUGCUGACCAGAGUGCUGACCAACGUGUUGACCAAGGUGCUGACGAACGUGUUGACCAAUGUGCUGACCAAAGUGGUGACCAAGCACCCGACAAGUUGA